CUGCAGAAGAAGAACAAUGGCAAUGAAUGCAGCAUUACAGCCCAGCAAAAUGGACCGCAACAGUAGUUACCUUCAGUUGGUGGAUGCUUUCACGUCUUCACUGGGAACACUGGAGCAGCCAAUGGUUGAUGGACAAGAAACAGAUGAUGAUCCAGUGAAAGAUCCAGAUCCCUGUUUACUCAUAGAGAUAGAGGGAGCGAUGACCGGUGCGUGUUUACAGAAUCCUGCGGCUGAUGCUGAUGGUGUGGGUACGAGUCUGAGUGUGUUGGAUAAACUGAUACACACACACCCCAUCUGGCUUCUUCUUUCUAUCGACCAGCACGAGGUCACUGACAUCCUUCUAAAGCAACCAGCUGGGGUAUUUCUGGUGUGGAGGUCACCUGUCCUUCAGAAGAAAGUCUUAUCUUUCCACAUGGAUGGAACCUCAGACUCCAUCAAUCACGUCCCUGUCAAGGAGAGCCAGUAUACAUUUUCUCUGGAGGAAUCAAGAACUGGUUUUGCAGACCUCUUUCACCUUGUGGCCUUUUACUGUAUAAGCAGGGACAUACUGCCGUGCACUCUGAAGCUUCCAGAAGCCGUUCGUUUAGCAGAAACACUGUCUGAUCUGAAUGAGGUGGCCCAGCAAGGUGCAGCAUUCUGGAAGUCAUCUCUCAACAAUCAACACGAGACACUUUGUAUUUCAGACAGUCCUCCUGUUCAAGAGAAACCGCUGAUCUCCUUGCCCGGCAACUGUUCUGAGAUUGAGGACUCCUGCUCAAAUACAUCAGAAGGUCUGAAAGGUUGCUCCAGCAGUGCUUUGUCUUUAAUCAAACCGAUCCCCCUUCAGACACAAGUGAUCUCAAAAGACCCAACAGCAGCCAAAGGAAAAUCCUGUUCAUCUCCUCCACCCAGCCCUCGUCCACCUCGCAUUUUGAUUCAUACACCUACUGCACCUCCAGGUUUGAGGACUAUGCCUUUAAGCAUCGGCUUUAACAGACUGAGUCAGAGAUCCAAGUCUAGCACCAUGUCCAAGGGAUCCAAACAACCCAGUACCAAGAAUCCUGGCCCUCCACCACGAGUUUGUCAAGCCCCAGACAUUGACAGUUACCGUUGCAUUAUCGCUUUGGAUGAUGAAACCAUCUCUAAGGCCCUAUCUCAAGCCAAUCUGCCCCAUACCACACCUGCCAACAUCCUGCGACAAUGGACAGGACUAGAAGAGGAAGGGCAAAGCUCAAGUGGCCGAAGUUUGUCCACAUCUUCAUUCGACUCCCUAGAUUCUUCUCUUUAUUUGAACCUGUCCCAGGGCAUGGGUCAAAGGCUCUCCACGGACGACAGCAGUAAUGAAUACGAUGAAGAAGAGGAAGACUACGGUGUGGAACUAAAGCGAGACUUACAUCUCCGGCUGAGUGGUUCCCACAGACUCCUGGCGAUGGAAUUUACGGGGGCUCGUCCGAGAUCGUUCGUCAUCUUUCCUCGGGCAUUAAAGGGACACUUCUGCAAGGUCCUAGGGGUCCUCAAAGUCUUGGCUAAACCUGAGAAACGCAUCUUACUACAGAUCAUUGAGCUGGCCCAGGACAAAGGCUCCUACUUUGGUUGCCUGGUGCAGGACUACUUGAGCUAUGUGCAGGAGAACAAAAACUGCCUCACGUCCUGCCAGGAUUUUCUGCAGACAAUUCGCCAGUUCAUGACCCAGAUGAAGGCUUAUCUCAUACAGAGCUCAGAGAUAAACCCACCCAUUGAAUCUUACAUACCUGAGGACCAGAUUGAUGCAGUAUUGGAAAAGGCAAUGCAUAAAUGCGUGCUGAAACCUCUGUACGGUUCGGUGCAGUCGGCCCUGCAUGAUUGCCAGGUGUCCAGCGGGGAGUGGCGGAGACUGCAAGAAAAUCUGGCCAUGGCCAAGACCAAACAGCCCAGAGAACUGGGGGCAAACGCAACAAGACCACCAGGCACCUACGCCAUUAACCGGAUCCGCAGAAAACUAGCAGCCAUGUGCAGGAUGUACUCGCCCGAGAAGAAGAUCGUGGUGCUGUUGGAAGUGUGUAAACUCAUCUACAAUAUUAUGCAAGAUCACAAAGUGCGACUGUUCGGAGCUGAUGAUUUCCUGCCCAUGUUGACAUAUGUGUUGGUCCAGUGUGACAUGCCUCAGUUGGACACUGAGAUCUUGUACAUGAUGGAGCUGACAGAUCCAUCAUUGCUACAUGGAGAAGGAGGUUAUUACCUCACCAGUGCAUAUGGAGCAAUGUCACUGAUUAAGAACUUCCAGGAAGACCAGGCUGCCCGAAUCCUCAGCUCUACAACACGUGACACACUCCACCAAUGGCACCAAAGACGCACCGUGCAGAGAAAUCUGCCCUCUGUGGACGACUUCCAGAAUUACUUGCGUGUGGCUUUGCAAAAGGCAGACAGCUGCUGCAUGGCUAAAACCCUGCAGGUGCGGCCCUACACCACCACUGAAGAGAUGUCGAGCCUUUGUGCCCUCAAAUUCGGCGUGUCUGAUCCUGAAAACUAUGGAGUUUUUCUCUACACGGGCGACAGCAGCCAGCAGCUAGCCGCAGACACGUACCCUCAGAGGAUUAAGGCAGAAUUACACAGUCGGCCAAACCCUCCAUCAUUUCACUUUGCCUACAGAAAGACACAAACAUAAACUGAAUUCCUUCCUAACAGCAUCGUUGGAACUACCCUAAAGACCAAAGGUUUUUGCUUUUUUGCAAAACCGGAAAGACUUUACUUGAUUUUAAAUUGCUACUACCUAUUAAUCUCUUAAGCUGCCUUUCCACUGCACACGACAUACGGAAACGAUUGUUGGAGUUCGCCCCCUAGUGGUAGUUGUAAUGAAGUUUCAGUUUAAUCGUAAAACAGGGGAGAGAAGCUCAUUCCAGCGCAAGAGGCUUCAUUCUCAUAUUUACCAUAGUGGAAUAAAUAAAUGAAUGAAACAAAACAUUGGGAAUCCAUAUGACAAAGACUGACAAUAGUUUUUGGAGGGAUCAAAUGGAGAGUCAAAGGAUUCAAGUGUUACUGAUAAAGUUAAACAAAAAGGAUUAAAUAAUUUUCACUUCGCACAGUGUUUUGAUUGGAAUACACUGAAAUGCAUUGAUUCUGGUCAGUGUAUCAGAUGCGGCGUAGUCGCACAAGUAAAAAAAAAAUUCGGAUCCAACUGUCAAAAGGAUCCGUAAAUUACAUAUCAGCAGACGGUUGGCACAUCACGCAGCCCCUUUGCGACUUGAAUGAAUAACUUCCAGUUUAUCGGCCGUUGUUUGUCGUGUGCAGUGCAAAAUUAUUCUAUUAUUGGGUACAAUGUCACUUGGCACUACAGCUGGUGCUAUAUUUUAUGUAUCCGUCCUGUAUAUAUUUUAUGCGUCCUGUAUAUACUGUUGUUUGCACUGUCUGUCUUAGAGCUACGUACUGCAAAAAGUGCAACGUGUUGUUGUUGUUGUUUGCCUAGUGUAGCUCUGUAUGUGACUCUGUUGUUCUGUGUAGCUCAGCCCACGUGAUCAAAUGGCCUGCGCGCACAUUUUGGCAACAGAAGUGGUGUUAUUCCACGGUGGUUCUAACGUGAUAGCAACUCAGAAAGUUGAUCAAAACGGUUUCCCAGCAUCAAAACGUCUGGUUGUUGCGUUUGGUUGCACUAAUAUAAUAUGCUAACAUACGUAUAUAUGUAUCUGCAACAUCAUCAUUGUGUACAAACAGUAAAAGGGUCUUUCUAAAUCAAAGUAAGUAUCUUGUAAAGUUGUCGGUUUAAAAACUUAAAGUCUUUUAAAUAGUUGUUCAUGUCAGUCAGAAGAGAUAUCAGAUAGUUCUCAUGACAAUCAUUUGUUGAUGCCUUUAAUGUUUUAAAAAAGAAAUGAUACACAAAGUGAUACCAGAUACCACAAAGAUAUCAAAUGUUUGGAAGGAAUGAUACAACCACUCUGAAAAAAUUAAUAGACCACAGCAGUUUUGAAAAGGUUCCUAAAAUACUAGUAAACAAUUAUUGUUGACCUUUCUGUCUCAUUUAAGGAAAUUGAUUUACAAAGAUUUUGAUUUCCCAUUUGGUAGAAAUUAAUCCUUUUAUCUAAACACAUACAUAUAAAAGGCUAAUUCAAAAAACCUAAAAUAUUGUUGGAGUGGGCUGUAUGUUAAAGGUUUGGUAUUGUCCGAAAUAUGGUUUGAACCCUGAGGGGAAGCAGAGUCCAAACCCUCUUUAUGUAUUCAGUUUAUCAUGUAUCCCCUUCCAAAAAGCUCUUAAUAUAUUUUUGUUUUCAAUUAUUAUAAAGGUAUCGGGGAUUCAUAACCUGAACUUUGUAGAGUUCUGUAUAUAAUCUAUUUUUGUAUGUGGGUUAAAUUAUUGCAAUCAAAGCUUGAGUCAAGAGUGAAUCUUAGGGAAAAUGUGUGAACCUUUCUUUAUCUUUAUGAUGAAGUGGUCUCAGUGAAGCUAUCAUGUUUGCUUGCUCAAUGGAGGGUGAUCUGGGAUGCAUUUACAGAUGCCCUUUCUUGCCUGACUGUAACCUUUCUUUCAUGUUUAUAUUGUAAUCUCAAGGCAUUGUUUUAUCUGAACUGAAGAGACUGCCUUAUUCAAAUGGCUUUAAAUGUAAUGCAUGUACACUUUAAGUCAGACUUGACGAGUGCAGUGCCACUAGU